UCUCUCCGCCCUCUCGGACAAAUCAAUACUCGGAAACAGGGCAAGGUAAUCUACUUUCGCUGGUCUGAGUCGCUAGCUGUGGAGAAGAAAAUGGCUGUGGGAAGAGAAGAAGUAGAAAUAGUGAAGCCUCGUACGGACAAAAGAGAGUAUCGAAGAAUUGUCCUCCAAAAUUCUCUCCAAGUCCUCCUCAUCAGCGAUCCUGAAACCGAUAAGUGUGCUGCUUCAAUGAAUGUCGGUGUUGGUUCUUUCAGCGACCCCGAGGGUUUAGAAGGCCUUGCUCAUUUUCUCGAGCAUAUGCUAUUUUAUGCAAGUGAAAAGUAUCCCUUGGAGGAUAGUUACUCAAAGUACAUUACCGAGCAUGGUGGUAGUGCGAAUGCUUUUACAUCUUCUGAACACACCAACUAUCACUUUGACAUCAACACCGACUGCUUUGAAGAGGCCUUGGACAGAUUUGCACAGUUUUUCCUCAAACCAUUGAUGUCACCUGAUGCUACGACAAGAGAAAUAAAAGCUGUCGAUUCAGAGAACCAGAAAAAUCUACUCUGUGAUGGUUGGAGAAUGAAUCAGCUUCAGAAGCAUCUGAGUGCAGAAGAUCAUCCAUACCAUAAGUUUAGCACAGGGAACUGGGAUACUUUGGAGGUACGACCAAAAGCUCGAGGGGUGGAUACAAGACAUGAGCUUCUCAAAUUUUAUGAAAAAUAUUAUUCAGCCAACCUAAUGCAUCUGGUUGUUUAUGCAAAAGAGAGCCUUGAUAAAACUCAAAGCCUGGUGCAGAACAAAUUCCAGGAAAUCAGAAAUGCUGAUAGGAGUUUUCUUCAUUUUCCUGGUCAACCUUGCAUGUCUGAAUAUCUCCAGAUUCUUGUCAAAGCUGUCCCAGUAAAACAUGGCCACAAGUUGAGAAUUGUAUGGCCUAUAACUCCAGGCAUUCGUUAUUACAAGGAAGGGCCAAGCAGGUAUCUGGGUCAUUUGAUUGGUCAUGAAGGAGAAGGAUCUUUGUUUUACGUCUUGAAAAAGUUGGGUGUGUACCCAACAUCCUUUACAAGUUUUGAAUUGCCCUUCCUUUUCCCUUUCUUGAUUAUAAGUUCCACAUGCUGA